AUGUCACCUCGUUUCGUUUUGCCUUCCUACCUGGCUCGUCUGGUCCUGUCGGUUUUGGACCGUGGAGCCGAUCCCGAUCCUGCAACCCCACUGGCUUGCCUGGAUACCAAGUACAAUGCAAAUGGCAGGCUGUAUGUUGGGUAUUGUCGUUUCAGCGUGGAUGCUACCAACCGAAUAUCUGGCGGCGGGUAUAUUUUGACGCCGCUAGACUGGGCCCGUGGGAGAGGCCACUGCAGUUGUGCGUCUUGA